CAUUUUUUGCCAACCGCCAAUAAUUGAAGAAGAAGAAGUCAGCACCGCAGAGCUGUUCCCACUCAAAGUUUGUUUGAAGAAGAAGUCGCUGUUUGUUGUGUGACAAUGUGUAAAAUCCGAACCCUGAGAACGCUGGUGAAGCAGCGACUGAGCACAGCUGUAGAGGAGAUAUUCAGACUGUUUGAAACAACCAUAGCGGAAUAUGAGGAGGAGAUUGAACGCCAGCGCAGACUGCUGGAAGUUGUGGAGAGGCCUGUUAGCCAGGAAAACAAAGCAGAUGUUGUACAGAUGUCUGCGAUUAAAGAGGACCCAGAGCCACCACACAUUAAAGAGGAGCAGGAGGAAAUCUGGAGCAGUCAGGGGGGACAGCAGUUUCAAGGACUAAAGGAUGACAUCACUAAGUUCCCGUUCCCUCCUGUGUCUGUGAAGAGCGAAGAUGAUGAAGAGAAAGUUCAGACCUCACUGCUUCAUCAAACACAAACUGUGGAGAACAAAGAGUCAGAGCCUCCAGCCAGCAGCUCAGCUCAACAGAUGGAAACAGACUCUUCUGACUCUGAGACUGAGUACAGCAAUGAUGAGCAGAAGGAGACAAAGGAACCUCAACCAGUUUCAACUUUUGUGAAACAUAAUGAAGUUCACGUAAUUGUUGAAAAAUGUCAUUGUAGUAUUGGCAAGAAAACAUUUAAGUGCUCUGAGUGUGGUAAAAAAUUUAGCCUGAAGGGAUCUCUCCAGAGACACAUUAGAGUUCAUACAGGAGAGAAACCAUUCAGCUGCUCAGUCUGUGGUAAGAAAUUUGGCCGUAAACAACAUCUGCAGGAACAUGUGAUCAUUCAUACAGGGGAGCAACCAUUCAGUUGUACAGUGUGUGGCAAAAAAUUUCGUUAUAAAGCAGGCAUGAGGAAGCACAUGAGAGCACACACAGAGUGUGAAUGUGGUAAAAUGUUAAACCAGAGUGAAAUGUCACCUACACACAUGACAGGUCAUGGAUAUGAAAAAGCUUUAAACUGUUCAGCUUGUGAAAAAUAACUGAAAGGCAGAGCAGUGCUGUAGCAGCAGUACAACUGUCAUGAAGGCAGGAUUUAUUGCAGCAGUCAUCGUUUAAACUGCAUUAGGUUUAAGUAGGUGUACCCAUUAAACUGCCAACUGAGUGUAUUUCUUGAUAUCAUGAAAUAACAUCACAUAUACAGUAAUAAAGGAUUUUAUCCUUAUGGGCCUCUCCUACUUUACAUUUUGUUGUAUCUGGUUUAAAGUCAGCUUGAAUAUUGCUAUUUCCAUUUACUAGCAUUUUCUAGAUAAUCAGUAAAUAGAGUUUGCUUGGUAAGCUAACAGCAAACUCCAUCUGCCAAUGAAGACCAUGAGGUGAGGUUGAAAGCUCCAGAAAAAGUUAGCAAGUGGAUGUUGAAUUAAGAUUAUUCAUAACUUUUACUUAAUUUUCUUUAAAUGAGAUCUGAGACAGUUUGGCCUUGACAUAUUUAGAACCUUUACUUUUUGAUUUUACCUACCUUUUACUUCAAUCAUUAUUUACAUGAAUGUAAAUUUGAGGUGAAUGGCAGUUAGUGAAGCAACUGAACAGGCUUUUGAAUUGUAAUGAUUUUGUAGAAACACAAUUGGGCAUUAAUUCCUGAAGAUGUUGCUUCCUCUUUUAGUUUUGGAUGAGCAGACAGUAUGCAGCCAUUUACCUGGAUAUUGUGAUCUGUUGGUUUGAUUUUCUCUUCAAUAUUGAACAGUUUUUUUGUAUCUAUUCAAAUAAAAUUGUCAUAAUGAGUUUAUUCUUCAUUUAA